ACUGGGCCGGGGCGUGGGGAGGCGGGCGGGCGGACCCAGAUCGGGGUAAUUUUGCAUCGACCUCCCCCAGCCCGGGUGGGGGAUUGGCCGCCGGCGGCGGGGGGGUGGCGCGGGGCAGGCUCACUGCCGCCUCCCGGCCCUCGGAGGAGCCCAGCCCAGCCGCAGCCGCGCCACCCGCCGCCGCCGGGGCCGGGCCCCCUCGCCGCUGCCCCGGGAAGGAGGUCUCGGCGCGGAAGAUGGCCGGCGGCGUGGACGGCCCCAUCGGGAUCCCGUUCCCCGACCACAGCAGCGACAUUCUGAGCGGACUCAACGAGCAGCGGACGCAGGGCCUGCUGUGCGACGUGGUGAUCCUGGUGGAGGGCCGCGAGUUCCCCACGCACCGCUCAGUGCUGGCUGCCUGCAGCCAGUACUUCAAGAAGCUCUUCACGUCGGGCGCCGUGGUGGACCAGCAGAACGUGUACGAGAUCGACUUCGUCAGCGCCGAGGCGCUCACGGCCCUCAUGGAUUUCGCCUACACGGCCACGCUCACCGUCAGCACAGCCAACGUGGGUGACAUCCUCAGCGCCGCCCGCCUGCUCGAGAUCCCCGCCGUGAGCCACGUCUGCGCCGACCUCCUCGACCGGCAGAUCCUGGCGGCCGAUGCGGGUGCCGAUGCCGGCCGGCUGGACCUCGUAGAUCAAAUUGAUCAGCGAAACCUCCUUCGCGCCAAGGAGUACCUCGAGUUCUUCCAGAGCAACCCCAUGAACAGCCUGCCCGCCGCCGCCGCCGCCUCAUUUCCAUGGUCCGCCUUUGGCGCAUCCGACGAUGACCUGGACGCCACCAAGGAGGCCGUGGCCGCUGCCGUGGCCGCCGUGGCCACCGGCGACUGCAAUGGCUUGGACUUCUACGGGCCCGGCCCCCCAGCCGAGCGGCCCCCGGCCGGGGACGGGGAUGAGGGAGACAACCCAGGUCUGUGGCCGGAGCGGGAUGACGACGCCCCUGCUGGGGGCCUCUUCCCGACCCCCGUGGCCCAGCCAUCCACCGCCACACAGAACGGCCACUACGGCCGGGGCGGGGAGGAGGAGGCAGCCUCGCUGUCGGAGGCGGCCCCGGAGCCGGGCGACUCUCCGGGCUUCCUGUCAGGCACGGCCGAGGGCGAGGACGGGGACGGGGCCGACGCGGACGGGCUGGCGGCCAGCACGCUUCUGCAGCAGAUGAUGUCGUCGGUGGGCCGGGCGGGGGCGGCGACGGCGGGGGACAGCGACGAGGAGUCACGGGCGGAUGACAAGGGCGUCGUGGACUACUACCUGAAGUACUUCAGCGGCGCCCACGACGGCGACGUCUACCCGGCCUGGUCGCAGAAGGUGGAGAAGAAGAUCCGGGCUAAGGCCUUCCAGAAGUGCCCCAUCUGCGAGAAGGUCAUCCAGGGCGCCGGCAAGCUGCCGCGGCACAUCCGGACCCACACGGGCGAGAAGCCCUACGAGUGUAACAUCUGCAAGGUCCGAUUCACCAGGCAGGACAAGCUCAAGGUGCACAUGAGGAAGCACACGGGCGAGAAGCCGUACCUGUGCCAGCAGUGCGGUGCGGCGUUCGCGCACAACUACGACCUGAAGAACCACAUGCGCGUCCACACUGGCCUGCGCCCCUACCAGUGCGACAGCUGCUGCAAGACGUUCGUGCGCUCCGACCACCUGCACAGACACCUCAAGAAGGACGGCUGCAACGGCGUGCCCUCGCGCCGCGGCCGCAAGCCCCGGGUGCGGGGUGGCGGGCUUGGGGGGCCCGAACCCGCCCCCGCCCCGGGGGCCCCUGCGCCGCCCGGUGCCCCUGCCCCGCCCGGCUCGCCGGACGCGCGGCGCAACGGCCAGGAGAAGCACUUUAAGGACGAGGACGAGGAUGAGGACGAGGCCAGCCCCGACGGCCUGGGCAGGUUGAAUGUAGCGGGCGCCGCUGGGGGAGGCGACGGGGGCGCCGGGGCCACCGCCGAUGGCAGCUUCGCGGCCGGACUCGCUUGAAAACCAAAAAAGAGAAAACAGAAACCCGAGAAAGAGAGAGAGAGAGCAAAUCACCCACCACCCCCCAAAACACAAAAAAGAAAAUCUAUCUAUAUACAGAUAUCUAUAUCUAUAUAUAUAUAUAUAUACAGAUAUAUAUAUAUGAAGCGUCACAGAAUCUAGGGUAGUGCUUUUCUCAGAUUUUUCUCCUUCAUGAUGUUCUCUCCCUCCAUGGGGACCCUCGCCCCACCCCACCCCCAGCCCCGCUUGCCCCCCACCCCGUCGAUGGCUUUCGGGGCUCAGCUUGGGGUUUUUGUGGGACACAAGGAUUCUGAGCUCCCCGGGCGCCCCGCGGUUCGGGGUCUGGGGUCCCAUCGGAGGCCGGAUCAGGGCCCCAGGUCCCGGCAGGGGUGAGGGUGGUCACGGGGGGCGGGGCGGGGACGGGGGGGGGGCUUUUCUUUUCCUCGCCCUUCCCCGCCCCCGCUGGUUUCUAGAGUCUUUUGAGAUAAGACCUUAAAAAUGAUUUGUGUCCGCUGUGAGCGGACGUUAAAACGGCCCCAUCCGCACCCCCACCCUCCUUCCUCAGGGCACUUCCGAAGUGGGGGUUUCCCCCUCCGUCUCCCCGACUGCCUCCCCGCCUCCCGUCCCUGCCUGUGGUCCCCCGGAUCUCCUGACCACCGCGACACAAAUCUAUUUAUUUCCAGGCGUGGAGAAAGGGGAGAAGACGGGGAAGGGGGGGGAGGGAGGGCGCCAGGGUGACUCCCCAAGGGCCCCCGCCGCCUUCCUUCACGGCACUUACAACCCGGCGGGACCUGCGGGCCGCCACUCAGGGCGCCCCUGCCACCCCCGUCUUGGUCCCCCGACCCAGGCCCACCCCAGACCCCAUGAGACGUUUGGAGCGAAACUUUUUGUCUUCACCCUCUCCCCUUCCCCUAGCCCUCUCCCGAUUUUUAAAAGCACUUUUUAGAUUUUUUUUUUCUCUUUUCCUCCUUAAAAACAAAAUUUAUAUAUAGAUAUAUAUAUAUAUAAAAUAUACUUUUCCUCAGAGGAGCAGGCGACAGUGUGGGGUGAAAGAGCCAAGAGCAGAGGGAGGGAACGCAGGGUCUCACGGUGGCAGGGAUGUGGGGAGCGAGAGUGUCCAGAAGUUCCAAUGUCACAAAAGCAAUAAAAACAAGAUUUUACAAAAAAGAAAGGAAAAAAAAAAACCAACAACAAGACAACCAACCACAAAUAGAAGUCUUGGCACUUUGUAACAGAACGGGUACUACACUUUAUCUUAAUUCUUAAUUUAAAAACAUGUUUACAAGUUGCAACCAACUUCUAUGAAAAGUCAAAAAGACAAAAAAAAAUAAGAGAGAGAGCGAGAGAGAGAGCGAGAGAGAGAGCGAGAGAGAGCAAACAGAAAUUCCUAAAAGUCGAUUUAUUUUUGUACAAAAUAAUAAAAAAAGAAACCCACCACAGACGUAGAAUCCACUUCUGUUCCCCGAGGUGAGAAGGGGGUCAGGAAGUCACGGGUGAGGGCGAAGCCUUCUGAGGUAUUUGUGCUUUACCACGGGGGCUCGCCUUGCAGGCAGGACUGCGGGGUUUUUGUGUUUCUGCCGUGUCCCCCCCCCAAUUCUGUCCUUUUUUUGGGUUCUGAUUUGGAGACGUCUCGUCACCUGCUAGCCAUACAGUGGCCACCCGUGUCCGCGGGGACCCUCCUUACCGACUCCCCAGCUCAGGGAUGGGCCCGAGAGAGGGCUGGCCUUCCAACCAGCCAGAGCAAUCCUGUCUCCCUGCCCUUGUCCCCCACCCUUGCUGUCCCCCCACCCUCCAACAUGGCCGCCCUUCCUUGUGGCCACCGAGGAGCUGCCAUCUUGGAUACGCCAUCCCCACCGAGGUGGGUGACAGGGGGCCCCACCUCCAGGGCCUUACUCCACCCCCCACUGCACCCUUCUUUUUACUCAAAGGCACUGACUGUAACCUGGGGGCUGGCACCUGCCUCCCCCCAGCCUCUGGCUCCCCAAAGGCCCGGCGUUGACCGAGCCACAGGCCACGGACUGGGGCCAGGGCUGGGGAGGCCAUGUCGCCAGAGGCCGGGGCACCCUCCUCCCCCCCCACCCAUCCCCUGUCGCAUAUGCAACCCUAGCGUGGGGCCCUGUAAAUAGACGCUCUGCUGAGCGGAGACCCUUCCUCGUCAAAAGCCGGAGGUGCGGGGGGUGUCCCCACUCCCCGCCUCUAGCUGCUGGCCCGUCACCCCGUGCCCCUUGGUUCUGUGACAGACCCCAUCUCUUUCUUGUUUUUAAAGGGAAGCUUUUAAAGAAGGCAACUUUCAUCAUUGUUUCUACAGGACAGUUUUUUGUUUCCUCCUGCUCCCCCCACCCCUGAGCCCGUCAGCCCCCCAGAUGUCUCAGGACCCCCCCUCCUGAGGGGGGUGGCAGGGGAGCCCAGGGCCGGGUGGCCCCACCCACACCCCAGCAUCGUGGGGCGAGCUCUCUCGGAGAACCACCCGUGGAAGCCGAACAGGGAGCUCGAGUGCCCAGGCUAGGGACCUGCACCCCUACCCCACCCCAGCUCCCAGAGAGGUUCCCUGAGGGGACAGCCCUCUCCCCCACUACCCACACACCCCCUCGCAAUAAAACCAACUGAAAAAUCACAGCUGUCGUCCUGGCCGGGUGGGGGGAGACCAGACUUGGGGGAUUAAGGCCUCUGGGACUACAGCGGGGGCAAGGGCUGAACCCCCGCCGAGCACACUUUAACACAAACCUCCUCGGGAAUUGCACUAAACCCCUACCCCUAGCUCUGCGCUCAGCUUCCGCCAGCCUUGCCCACCCACUCCGCCUUAACCCCUCUCCUGCUGCCCACCAGCCCAUCCCCGGGGGCCGCAGCAUCUGCAUGGGCCCAGAGCCGGGACCCCCGCCCUCCCAGCCCAGCCCCUGCCCCCAACUCCGCGCAAUCACAUACUGUAUAUAGACGUGGAUCAAUUUUAUUUUUAUUCUUUAAAUUAAGGUCGUGAUAAAGUGUUGCCAAAGAUACUGCUGAAUUCUCGCGUUUCAGGAAACAAACAAACAAAAAAAAAAGAAAAAAAUUUGAGGGGGAACGUGCUGACUGGUCAGAAAGGACACAGCAAAAAGUUUUUUUGUUUGGUUGUUUGGGUUUUUUUUGUGGUUUUUUUUUUUGGGGUUUUUUUUUUUUUUUUUUUUUUAACUGCCUGGUACAAAAAAAAAAAAAAAAGAAAAAAAGAAAAAUAGCGAAAUUGUUAUUUCCAUCAUCUUGGUGAAGCUGCGUGAAUGUGUGUGUGCGCUUGUGUAUGAGUGAGGUCCAGGCGGGGGGAGCUCCAGGAGGGGGCUCCGGCAGGGGGUGGGAGGGCAUCCUGGGACGGCAGCGGUGGGCCAGCAGGAUGGUGGGGGCCGGAGCCCUCACCUGGAGCGGUCGCCAGCCUGCAGGACCUGGGAGAGAGAGAUUAGCACCCUUGCUGCUGCCCCCUGGCUAGCCCCCCACCUUGAUCCCCACCCCGCCUUUUGAGAUUAGGAGAAAAAAA